AUUUCUGCUCUCUGAGACCACAGCGAGCAAUGACGGAUUACGAUGAUCGCAGUAACUGUGCUUCAAAUAUGUAUUUGCCGUACUACGUUUCUGCACCAGAUUUUUCGUCUGUCUCGUCGUUUUUACCACAGACCACGUCGUGUCAAGUUAAUUUUCCCUAUUCUUCAAACAUAGCUCAAGUCCAACCUGUUCGCGAAGUGUCUUUCAGGGACUACGGACUGGACCAUCCGAGCAAAUGGCAUUACAGGGGCAAUUACGCGUCUUACUAUUCGACGGACGAGAUAAUGCACCGAGAUCUCCUGCAAUCAUCAAACAGAGCGGAAAUGAUUUUCAAGAACGACUCCGUGUACAGCCAUCACGGCGGCACCAACUCCUCGUGCAAUCUCUUUACUAACGUGGGCCGAAACGGAGUGCUUCCGCAAGGAUUUGAUCCAUUUUUUGAAAACGCGAACUCUGAAAAGCUCAACCCAGAGCAGUCCAAACAAAAGCAGGACACAAGUGCCCCCGGAGAUGCUGCGUGUGAUAAAGCGUCUCCGGAUAGCGCGGAGCAGAGCAAACGAGAAGAAACCACAGAGGAGGAAUCCUCAAUAUCAACCUGCGAUGAAGACAAGAACAACGGCUCAAGUGCAACAAAGUCCAGAAAAAAGAGAUGCCCGUAUUCAAAAUACCAGAUCCGAGAACUUGAACGAGAAUUCUUUUUCAAUGUGUACAUAAACAAAGAGAAACGUCUGCAUUUGUCCAGAAUGCUCAGUCUUACAGACCGACAAGUGAAGAUUUGGUUCCAGAACCGAAGGAUGAAAGAGAAAAAGCUCAACCGAGAUCGCCUCCAGUAUUUCACUGGAAAUCCAUUGUUCUGAAAGUCAUGAUAUUGUCUGCUUCGGCAUACGACCACGCUUAUAUUUUUGUCAUAAUUGUGGAAGAAAAGACACAUGAGGUAUUUUCACGUCAACUGUAUUUUAUAACUAUGCAAAAUAAUUGUUAAACCGGUUUUAUGCGCAAUGCUAGUUCUACAAAAAUUGUCGAAAGCCGAUGUAUAUUUACAGAGAACGAAAAUAACCAUUAUGGCGAACAUAGGUACCAGGACAAUCUCUUAAUCCUUUAUGCUUAUCUGUUAAUGACAUUGAAAUUCAAUCGCUUUAUGUUUGUAUUAAUUUAUUGUA